CAAGAAGAAUAUUAAGAAACGAUUUCCUAAACCCUAUUCUCCCAAUCCUCUCAAUUCUCGUUCCCAAUCCCUCUAAAGGCCUAGGCCGAUUCCCUAUCUAUCUUUCUCAAAUCCCUAAUUCUGUUCUUAAUCCCUAAAUCCCCAAUUCCCGAUAGAACCCUAAUCCCAGGUUCUAUCAAUUGGUAUCAGAGCCAUGGUCACGGGUUUGAGUUCAUCACAACUCUCACCAGGGAAUUGUUAUCAGAAACCCUAUCACACGUUUGAAGCUCUCCAAGCCAGUUUAGCUAGGAGGGAAGCUCACGCCGACUAUAUGCUAGCAAGCCUGAAAGAACUUCGAGCCGAACUCGAGCGCUAUGCGGCCCGCCGUCGCGCGACCCGCAACCAGCCAGAGGCAACAUCAGAGGCCAGUCCAAAAGCCCCUGCCUUACCUGCAGCAGCUCGGGAAAAGGAGACUUCCGACACAUCCCUUGCUAAUACCGCCGAUGAGAAAGAAGCGACCACCGAAAAAAGACCACCUGCUGUCGUGAAACCAUCGCCGAUGGUCAUCACCGUCACUACACCGCCAUUCCCUGCCUUUGAGGGCCCUGAACCAGGGAUGCCCAUCGUGGCGGCACUGACAAGCAAGAACCCGAAAAGCGUCGCCAGUGAUGGUGGGAAGAGAAUCCCCGUCUGCAUCGCAAACCAGAGAUUCAAGAAGAAAAGAAGACCAAAGCAGAAGGAUCUGAAGACGAUGGAGAUGUUGGGUUGGCCUCCAGAUCGUCGGACAUGGGGUUUCCUGCCACAGAAGGAAGAUUUCGAGGAGAAGUUGAAGAAGUCGUCAUCAGGGGUGGAAGAGAAGGUGAAGAAAUGGAAUAAGAAGAGACUCGCCGCCAUGGUGACGAACUUGGGGGCGGAGCCCGGAGCCAGAAUCGACAGCGCACGCGGCGCAGAGGGUUCGGAGCGUCGAAUCGCGCACGAAACGCCUCGAUUGGCGGCGUCUUCUGUCGCACCGCAGAGUGGAGGUGAGGCGAAGUCGGGGGUAGAUCUGGUGGAGGACUCGCCGAUGGAGUUGGAGGCCAGGAAGGAAUCGGGCUCGCCACCGGAGGACGAGAAGAAGAAGAAGGGAGGCGACGGUACGACUCGUCGUUCGGCGCCGGAAAUGCAGAUGAAGGAGGAGAUUCGGCGGGAGGAAGAACCGAGGGAGACUGGCGGAGCGGCUCCGAUCGAGCGAUCGACCACGGAGGAGUCAUGGCGGGUGAUAGGAACGUCGAUUGGGGAGAAGCCGCUAGCAGGGCUGGCACUCGGCGUGACUCGUAGCCGCCGUGUGGGCUGCUUGACGGCUGAGGUUGACGCGUCGACGACGAGUGGCGCGCUCAGAGAGGAGAUGCCGCCAGAGGACGGGUCGGCGCUGAAGAUGCCGGAGGGGUCAACUUGGCAGCCGUGCCAUCGGCAUAAUGGCGCAUCGCUGAUAAAUGAAGCGAUGAAGGAGUGCGGCGGCAACAUUCCUCCUCCGAACCCUAAGUCGGCCGCAUCGAUCCUCGCUGCGCAGCAGCUUGCGGAGUCGGGCUGGGCCGAGCAGGCCGACUUCGCCGUGCUAGUUUUGGCCCAAUCAGAUCAUCAGGGCAGGAUACGGUUUGAAGUUGGGUUGCUUGUUCAUGGAGGCCUUGUGCUUCAAAUGAGGCCACUGGUCAAGUCUUUUCUGUAUGGUUUCGGGCCAAGACCAACAAGCCCAACUGCUGAGGAAGAACACAGGCUGCUAAUGAAGAAGAAGUUGGACGGGCUUCUUUUGAACCAGCUGAAGGAGGCCGAGUCUGGGCCAGUCUUUGGGCCCAAAUUUGAAGAAACCAGGCCGCGUCCUCAUGGAGAAAGUGAGCCCAAUAUGGGCUAUAUUUUAAAGUAUAUGGGCAUGGAGGAAAUGGGAGAUGGAUUAGCUAGUGGGCUUUCAAAUGAGUUUAGACCCAACUCACUUAGAGGAAAGGAGGGUCACAAGGGAGAACAGUUCUCCGAUUCUUUCUUUAUUGAUUUCGACAAAAAGGAAGAAGACCUGUCAAGCUAUGGAGGACGCGACAGGUGUCACGUAAUUGGAGAAGAGCCAAGAGACAUUGAAGUUGCUGGAGAAGAAGCCAAUCAUGAGAUUGACCGCGAUUGGAAACGAAGAAAGCGGAAGGUCAAGGAGAUGGAAUUUAGCUGCAACCUUGAGGACAAGGUUGGUUUGAAGGGGGAGGAGAUGAUGGAAACCAACUUCAUCAGGGUUUUCUAUAUUUAUUAUUAUUAUUACUAAUAGGUUAAUUCUUAUUAUGGUUAGUAGUCUUCUAAUCGUAUUAGGUUUAUUAUUAGGGUUUUCCUAUCACUUCCUAUAAAUAUGUACUUUGUGGUUUCAUUAUAAUCAGUCAAGAAGGAUAUUAAGAAACCAUUUCCUAAACCCUAUUCUCCCAAUCCUCUCAAUUCUCGUUCCCAAUCCCUCUAAAGGCCUAGGCCGAUUCCCUAUCUAUCUUUCUCAAAUCCCUAAUUCUGUUCUUAAUCCCUAAAUCCCCAAUUCCCGAUAGAACCCUAAUCCCAGGUUCUAUCAAAACCACACACUAAACCCGUUAUGGUUAGAUAAGCAAUGCAUAACUUCAUCCAGCAGGGCUCCAAUCCGGCUAUCUCUGACAUCAGAGUGGUUGAGCUGUUUGAUUUGGGCCCAAAUGUACACAUUUUACCCCUCAUUUAUUAUUCGUUUAGCUUAGUAGAUCAUCGUGACUCGACAUAUUUCACGCUAGGUUGUGCUUGUUUUGAUACAUUUAAGGUCCUAGCACGUGUGGAAUGUGAUAUGAUCCCAAACGGUCAACUAUACACGUUUAAAUUACUUGACGAAGAAGCUAUCAAAGUUGGGAAGAAGAAGGGCAUAAUUUGGCUAAGUCAAAAUUCGAGUUCAUGGUACCUACUUUGGAAGCCUGUAUCUCAAAAAUGGCUGGAUGACAAUUGGAUUUCAAGGGCUUGUUUUGAAUAUAAAGUUACCAUCUUUCCAAUGGUAUGUUUUUUGAUCCAGAAGAUAUCAUUAAGAUUGUUUUCCAAGGCCUCAAAGUUGCUUCCUCAAAACUGGAAAACUGCCAGAAAAUGGUUAAGUCUAGAAACGUGUUUGUGAAGCCUACUUAGGAGCUCGAUUCGAGGAGUAUGGAUGUGAUUCAAGUCCAAAGACUUCCACAAUAUGAAACUAGGUAUGUUUAUCUACCAAGUGAAGGAAUCAGAUGAAAGAUUGGAGUUCUGGAAGGCCUCGAACGAAAGGCGUGAAGUUAGUACGUAAACUGUUUUUCGACUGUUUGCUGGCAGCUUACUUGUGCUUCAAGAAAAGGAGGUUUAGUCCGAAUUUUGUGUCCUUUUUAGAGUAGUCUUUUAAUUUAAUUUGUUUCCUUGUUAGUCUAGAUUUGUAUCAGGUUUUCUUGGCUAUAAAAACCUUCUAGUUUUCGUUGUAAAAGCAGAGUUGAUUAAAUUGAAUACAAACCAUAUGUUUGAGUUCUUGAGUUGCGUCUCAAGAGUUUACCCAUUGUCAUUAGCUUCGAGUGGAUUCCUUAGCUAAUUACAAGACCCUUGUCAAGCUAUUCUAAGUGGAUUCCAGAAUCGUUUAGCAAGUUCUCUUAUCAAUCGAUUAAUCACCUCGAUUGUGGCGAGAAUUCUACCUAUUCGUUUAAUUUUCGUUGGAGGGUUAGAGCUGUGUGAAUCUUAUCAAAAGCGCCCCCUGGUGCUUUAUCCGAAUGGUUGAUGGCGAGUUUCGGGAUAAUUGGUGGUCAAAAAGCGCAAAACCCGAAGAAAAGUCCGAAGUAACAGUGAAGUGCAGACAUCCAAGAAACAGCCGCAGUUCACGGUCGGACAAGGCAGUUCACGGUCUCCUAAGACCGUGAGAUGGAGUCACAAACCGUGAACAUCGAGCAGUCCAGCGAGGUUUCAGAGCUUACUGACGCCAAGCGAGUUUACGGUCCUUAAGAAAGUGAACUGGGGCCA